GCUGGUUCAACGCAGGCAGGGGGACCUGAAAGAGCUGGUUCAACGCAGGCAGGGGACCUGAAAGAGCUGGUUCAAGGCAGGCAGAGGGAGCUGAAAGAGCUGGUUCAAUGCAGGCAGAGGAGCUGAAAGAGCUGGUUCAACGCAGGCAGAGGAGCUGAAAGAGCUGGUUCAACGCAGGCAGGGGACCUGAAAGAGCUGGUUCAACGCAGGCAGAGGACCUGAAAGAGCUGGUUCAAUGCAGGCAGAGGAGCUGAAAGAGCUGGUUCAACGCAGGCAGAGGAGCUGAAAGAGCUGGUUCAACGCAGGCAGGGGACCUGAAAGAGCUGGUUCAACGCAGGCAGAGGAGCUGAAAGAGCUGGUUCAACGCAGGCAGAGGACCUGAAAGAGCUGGUGACAUUUGACAAAAAAUUGGCAAAGAGGGACAGAACCAUGACUGAAGCUACACCACUGACAGAGAUGGAGCUGAAACGGCAGCCUGAGGAUGAUGGGUGUGGCUCAACAAAUCAUGAUGGGUCUGGUUUGACCGCUGAGCUGAGGAUUGUGUUGCUAGGGAAGACUGGAGCAGGGAAGAGCGCAACAGGAAACACCAUCCUGGGGAAGGAGGUGUUUAAAGUGGACUCUUCUCCUGCGUCAGUGACCGGACAGUGUGAGAGACAGAGUGGAGAAGUCAACGGGACGACGGUUCAUGUGGUUGACACGCCGGGCCUCUUCGACACAGCCCGGUCGGACGAAGAGGUGAAGGAGAAAAUAGAGGAGUGCGUUAACAUGUCCGUCCCGGGCCCCCACGCCUUCCUGCUGGUGAUCAGGCUGGGGGUGAGGUUCACAGAGGAGGAGAGGAACGCCGUGAGGUGGAUCCAGGAGAACUUCGGAGAGGACGCCUCCAUGUACACCAUCUUGCUGUUCACCUGUAAAGACCAGCUGAAGGGGAAACAGGUGACAGAUUCUCUGAAGAUGUGUAAAGAGCUGCGGAGACUCUCCAUCACGUUAGGCGGCGGGUAUCACUCGUUCAACAACGACGCCAAAGACGACCCCGCUCAGGUCCCAGAGCUGCUGAAGAAGAUCAAAGAGAUGGUGGAGCUGAACGGAGGAGAGCACUACACCAACGAGAUGUACCAGAAGGCUCAGAGGAAGAUCAGAGAGGCGGAGGAGAGGAGGAGGGAGGAGGAGAAAAGACGGAGGGAGGAGGAGGAGAGAAAAUUAAAAGAAGAGGUAAAGGUAGAGAUAGAGAAAGAAAAGGAGGAAGAGAAAAGGGAGAAGGUAGAUAAAAAGAGGAAUCUCCACAUCGCUCUAGCAGUAACAGUAGUGUGUGUAGUAGUAGGGGUGAUCAUAGCAGCUGCUGCUGAUACCACAGUGGCCCUGGCUCUAGCUCCACUCCUACUGGUGCUGGGAGCAGCCAGUGCAAUAACGGCUAUCUGUCUAAAGAAUGGAAAGUGUGGAGCUAAAACACCCGUCUCCGUAGCUGUAUAACAAUCACAUACUGUAUACCUCAUUAAGGCUGUUUUUACACAGGCAACACAAUUCUGAUCUUUUGCCACUAAUUGGUCUUUUGACCAAUCCGAUCUAUUAUCAAUAAUUGGGCAAAAUAUCAGAAUUUGUCUGCCUGUGUAAAGAUCAGAAUUAGGUUACCUGUGUAAACGAGGCCGAACAAGACCUAACAACAGAAACAUAGAUUGAAUGAUUGAUUGAUAGAUGGUUUUAUAGAUAGAUAGAUAGAUAGAUAGAUAGAUAGAUAGAUAGAUAGAUAGAUAGAUAGAUAGAUAGAUAGAUAGAUAGAUAGAUAGAUAGAUAGAUAGAUAGAUAGAUAGAUAGAUAGAUAGAUAGAUAGAUAGAUAGAUAGAUAGAUAGAUAGAUAGAUAGAUAGAUAGAUAGAUAGAUAGAUAGAUAGAUAGAAAAAAUGGUCUUAAAUCUGUUCCCUUAAGUAUUUCUCUGGGUGUCCAGUGAUCUAUUUAUUUAAUCAUGUGUUCAGGGAUAACAUUUAUGAACACUUAAUAAAGAGAAGUAAAGAGUCUGA